ACUGUCAAAAUAUAAUAACAACAUUUGAUGUUAACACGAUCAAUUAUUAUGACUGAAAAUAUACUUUAUUAAUUCAUAAGUACCUAAAAUACAUUUAAUUAAGCAGUAUAUGGGAUUAAUAGUGGUUUCAGUGAGCCGAUUAAUAAAUUAAUUAUCCCAUUGAUAUAGAAAUAUUCUUAAAAUGAGGAUGAUAACCUUAAAUAUUUUCCAAAUGUCUAAAAAAAUUAUUAGAAUAGGACAAUUUCGAUGUUUUUGUGAAGUUAUACAACGUUCAAGUGAUGCGCCACAAAAAAUUAUUGGAGACCCAAAUCUUAUUGACAUUCACCCUUCAUGGAGGCAGGAUGAAGACGAAGAUCUCAGGAAGCAAGUCCUUAGAGAUAUGAGGGUCAUUCCCAACUUCAUUACUGAAGAGGAAGAGGUCUCAUUGCUCACUGAAGUGGAGUCACAGCUGAAGAAACUUAGAUAUGAGUUUGAUCAUUGGGAUAAUGCAAUCGUAGGUUACCGCGAAACGGAACGUAAGGCGUGGAACGAGCGCAACUCCGUGACGCUGUGCCGCGUGCGCGCGGCCGCGUUCGAGCCGAGCGCGCACCUGCUGCCGCACGCACACGUGCUCGACUUGGCGCCCGCUGGCUAUAUCAAGCCGCACGUCGACGCCGUACGGUUCUGCGGCGACACGAUAGCGGGCCUGUGCCUGCUGUCGGACGCGGUGAUGCGGCUCAUGCACGAGCUGCGCGCCGACCUCGCGCUCGACGCGCUGCUGCAGCGGCGCUCGCUAUACAUCAUGAGCGGUGUUGCGAGAUACGACUUCAACCACGCAGUACUGUCGAACGAAGAGAGCAAGUUCCGAGGAGCUAAGCUGAUAAAAAAGCGACGUGUUGCCAUCAUCUGUCGAGAGCAACCCAAUAAAGAGUCGGAUUGACAUCUACCACUUGUACCUGUUGUUUUUGUCAUAUUAUUUAUGUUCGACUAUCACAAAUGUAUCGCUCGUUUAUAGCCGCAAGUGUUGCCAACAAAGCUACAUACAUAUUCAGUAAUUUAUUCGUCAACAGAAUAAAUAUAGGCAUUUUUUUUUCACUCUGUAUUUUAAUGUUGCGAUUAUAUGCUGGAUAUGUGUAUAGUUAUGCCUGCGAGAAAAAACAUAGUGCUAUUUAUAAAAUGUGAGAAACAAGUCGAGAAGACUUGAUCUAUUUCCCUUUUAUUCCCUACAAAUCCCAUGCAAUGGUCAGUGAGUACAAACUAGACUGAGAGAAAUAAAUAAUGUUAAUUUCUUGUGAUACUUGAAUUAUUGAAUACCUGUAGUAUUAUUUAGAUAAUAAAUUAUUUUGUUACUGUUGUUAAUAAUGUUU